AUGGCACGAAGAGAAGAUCCCGACGCAACCGUGGCUAUGCCCCGGUUAGAGGACAUUCUACGUCAUCCGGAGGAUCUCGAUAAAAUUCCUGGGCUGAAAUCGGAAUAUCUACGCAAGAAGGCGGCCGUUGAUUCACAGCUUCGAGAGGGCCUUAGGAGUCAACUGGAGACGGUGCAACGCAGCAUCAACGCUCUGACGGAAGGCCAGCGUCAGGUUUCAAAGACCAAGGAUGAGCUCCAGGGGAUCGACAAAUUGUGCGCCGAGUCGCAAACUAGCGUCGAUGACUUUUCACAGAUCGACAAAUUAGCCAAGAUCCAGCGGAAUUUCGACGCGAUCUUGACGAUGAAAAAGGGCCUGGAGAGCUUUAGUGCGGAUUUGGCCGAGGUAGAGACUCUCUUGAGAGAUGAUGAUGACGAUCUAGAGAACCAGCCAAAUUUGUUGCGUGCUCACAUGCUGAUCUCCCGUCUGAGGGAUUUCCGUGACGAGGCGAUGGAUCAGAUACGGAAGACCCAAGAUGGGAGCAGCGAGGCCACGCUGGAGGACUACUUCCAAGGUCUAGAUCCCGUCGUUGAUUGGUUUGAUGAUCACCUGGGGACUGCCUGUAUGAAUCUCAUCCCGCUUGUGCAGUCGGAUAACUCAAGUAUGGUUGUGCGACUUGCUGUGGUCGUAAUGCAUGAAGAGAAGAACGAUGAGGCAGUGCGUGCUUUGCAGGAGGCUCAGAGGGAUCACCAGGACCUGGCGGGUCGGUUCAAAUCUAUGACUGUCGGCCCCAAAACGGUCAGAGGCUACAAAGAGAAAUUCUUGCAGGCGGUUGAAUUCUACGCACAGAAUCAGUUUGAAAAUACAAGGGAAGAUUUCCUGGGCGACCCUGACAAUCUGGAGAAGAGCUUCCGGUGGUUCUUCAACGACCUCUACACCGUACAGCAAGGCAUGCAGUCGCUGAUGCCGAAAAAGUGGAAGAUUUAUAAAACAUACACCGAUAUUUACCAUCGGAUGAUGCACGAUUUCCUUGUUGGUCUAAUCAAUGAUCCGGAGCUGCCUCCUGAUAACUUGCUGGCGAUCAUCCAUUGGACCGAGAAAUACUACAAGAAGAUGAACAAGCUUGGAUGGAAGCAGACGGAUCUGCUGCCAAACGUCCUGGACGACCGGGAACCUGAGCUUGUCCGACAGUGGCAGAACGUUAUCAUCAACGCCGUCGAGGAAUGGAUGGACCGAAUCACCGAGACGGACAGGAAAGCUCUGGUGGAGAAGAUCCCUGACUCCCUGGACACCAACCCAGAGGGCUUCUUUCGCACAAAGACCCUUCCUGACAUGUGGCGCAUGAUUCGCGAGCAAAUUGUCGCAUCUGGUGCCUCCGCCCGUACCGACGUUGUGGAGGGCAUCAUCGAUGCCAUGUUCCGUGUGCUGAAGGCCCGCCAGACCAACUGGCAGACGCUCAUUGAUGAGGAGUGCACUAAAUACAAGGGCCCCGGUGGCGACCAACUUGAAGGUCUCCAGCAGUUGCAAGAUUGGCUUGUCGCCAUAGCCAAUGACCAGAUCGCCUGCAUUGACGACAAUGAUGAGGCUGGCCAGAUAGGAUACCUAUCGCGGUUCAAAUGCGACCUAGAACCAAUAGUCGACCCGAAAUACAUGGCCGCGCGAGCCAUUCCCGAAUUGGACUCCCUUCGCGAUGGCUAUGUGGAUCUGAGCACCUAUUGUCUCUCUCAGUUCGUGGAACUGAUCUUCGCCGUCGACUUCCGCGCCACAAUUCCGGACUUCUUCACUCAAAAGUGGUAUGGCAACUUCGCCAUCAAACAGAUCACCUCCACCUUCGAAGACUACAUGGCCGACUACAGCCCUCUCCUCCACCCGUCUCUGACCGACAUCCUGAUCGAAGAACUCUCCGACGAACUCCUCGUCCGAUACCUAUCGUCCGUCCGCAACCGUGGCGUCAAAUUCCGUCGGCACGUCGACCCCUACACCGACAAGUUCAAAGACGACGUUCUCACCGUCUUCGCGUUCUUCCAGAAAUACCCGGACUCGUUCGCCGGCACCAUCAAGGAAAAAUGGCGACUGGUGGAUUGGCUGGUCCGUCUAUUGGAAGCCGAGAAAGGUCCCCCGAUCGUGACGGUCUACGAAAACUUCAAGACAGAGUAUUGGGAUCUACAGCUGUCGUGGGUGGAAGCGGUGUUACGCACGCGCGACGACUUUGAGAGAAGUAUGGGUAGCGCUCUCAAGGCCAAGGCCGCCGAGUUGUCGGUAGAAAGAGGAGUGGAGACUAUCAUGAGCCGGUUGCGAUAG